AAUUCGCAGGCAAUGACGGCCAAAUGACAAUAAACACAAAGAAAUAAGUCUUAGGAAUAUUAUCUUGUUAGUUCAAAUAUUAAACAAGGAUCCCAAAAAUAACAGGAAUGGAAAUUGACAAUUUGCCCAUACUGGGCACAACGGUUGAUAAAAGUCAAGUGCCUCCGAUCCACCAAAAACGAAUUUUGGCAUUUGUGAAUCACUUUAUCACGAGUACAUGUAAAUUUCUCAAUGACUUCAUUCUAUCAUGCGAAAAUAAGUUCAUAGAUAUCGAGCGUAAAAUACAACGAGUGGAAGCUUCCUUAAUUAUAAUCGAGUCGAAGAUCGCUUCGAUUCCAAACCUUGACCAAACUCAAAGCCCAGCCAAACAGAAUGAGAAAGAAAUCCCACAACCUGAAGAAUCUUCCGCAACUGACGGUGUCCACGAAGCGGUUGAAGGCACCGACUCUCCUGCAGAUAAUCAGGAGACAACAGCAGAAAGCGAGGAUCAAGUGCAAGGGGUGACUGCUUCGAACGACGCCCGAUACAGAAAGUAUUUCAAAAUGAUCCUGUUCGGCGUUCCCCCGGGAGCUGUAAAGAUGAAAAUGGCCGCAGAAGGAUAUGACCCGGACAUUCUCGACACGCCUGAUAAGAUCCUGCCAGAUGGUAUACAACAUGAACCCGCCGAGGAAUAGCUAACUUAGCUGAAAUUUUCUUCAAGAUCCAAUUGAAUUUUAACUUAAGAAAUAAAGCGAAAAACAAACGUUUUUGGGUGUAUUUUAA